AUGCCUCCCACAUUCACAAUCAAUACAUGACCCAUGGUUGUACAACGUUUCACAUAUUAAAUGUAAGUGGGAUUUAAUGAAGUUAUUAUAUUGAAUGACACUGAAAGUGCAAAAAGUGCUUCACAUGCUGAAACGCUGUUAGAUCAUAGAGCCUUCUGACAUAUUCAUUAAUUAUGCCACCUUUGGUCCGCUUUUUGUCUCCAUAAAGGUCUCUGACUGUAUCUCUCUUCCGAAUCUGUUCUUCCCUCAGAGAAAGCUUGCGUACGCACUAUGUAUGUCUCCCUUGCAGGGCUCCACACCCCUUUAUAAACCAAGCCUGGGUCACCUAGAGAGGCAUAGUGCUUGCAAACAGGGAGCCAGAGAGCUAAGUGCUGCUCAAAGCAAAGAAUCCACUGUCACUGAAACUGCUUCUUGCUCGCUUCGUUUCCUCGGAGUACUAUGUGGAAGGCUGUGGUGCUGGCUGUGUGUCUGCUGGUGGCUGGGGUUCAGCCCAUGGAGGACCCAACAUAUGGGGUAAAGCUCUGUGGCCGUGAGUUCAUCCGGGCAGUCAUCUUCACCUGUGGGGGCUCACGAUGGAAACGGUCACUCAGGAGUGCAGAUGUUUCAGAGGAUCCAUUUAACUCCCGUCAGGAUGAGUCCUCAGAGGGCUUGAGUCACAAUCUGGUGGUGGAGAGUCUUCUCCAAAGGAACAGAGAUAUAAGCUUCACAUCUAGAGACAACCCAGAGGGAGCGUUCAGCAGGCCGACCCGUUCCUUCAUCACUGAGGAGAUCCUGGAGGCCCUGCGCAAGGCUGACCGCAAGGGCAGAGACGUGGUGGUGGGUCUGUCCAACGCCUGCUGCAAGUGGGGCUGCAGCAAGAGUGAGAUCAGCUCCCUUUGCUGAGAGUCGACCUUCGCCAUCUGGGUGACCACACUGGCAGGCGUACUGUAUACUUUAAUACACAGACACAUAAAUACGCACACACACUCACCCUCUUUUCAAUCCUCGUGAAUCUUAGGUCGUUUUCUAUCAUUUUAUACCAUCAGUUGAACCAUUAUAUCAGCUGUUUGAAAUGUUGUUUCAUAUUUUAUUAUCAAUGAAGUCUGUGGAAGCAGCUGCCGUGAGCCCAAAAUGUUUGUACAUUUCUGUUAACAAAGUGCACUCCAGGUUUUGUAAUGAACAGCCUUAAGUAUUCAUCAUACAUGAUAAUAAUUCUACUUUUUCUUUUUUUUUUAAUGUUGUGAGAAGAUAAUUUGACGGCAGCAGCGUAAAAAGUCACUGAUGUCUAAUAAUGUCUCAUGUUGUUUGUACAUUAUAAGUAGAUUGUUGAUAUUUUGCAUUUGUUUCAUUGCAUCCCAAGAGCUGAAUGGGUUUAAUACUUAGACCCAUAAUUAAAAAAAAAGUGUGUUAA